ACAAGUUUACAGUAACUGAAUCUCAUUACUAAAUUCCAUAGUUUCUUUAGCAAUAUGAUUACAAGUGCUUUUGAAGUCCAACAGCCUUUCUCCUCAAUAACUUCUGUUCGUAGUUCAAAACUUAGGCUUUUCUUCUUAAUACUCAUCUCCUUUUUCAGUUUCCUCUCAUUUGUAGCUGAGGCCAGAAACGAUGGAAGAGUCAUCCACAUCGGUGCAAUCAUGGAUGUCGAUUCUCGUAUUGGGAAAGAAGAGAAAACAGCCCUGGAAAUUGCAGUUCGAAGCUUCAACGUGAACUCAAACAAUCAUAAUUUGUCUUUGUACAUUCAGGACUCCAGAAGAAACCCCUUUGUAUCUGCCACUGCUGCUGAAAAAUUAAUCAAAGAGAAAGAUGUCAAAGUGAUUAUAGGUAUGGAGACAUGGGAAGAAGCUGCUCUGGUUGCUGAUAUAGGAAGCAAAGCUCGAAUUCCAGUUCUUUCCUUUGCAUCAUCCGCCACACCACCCAAAUUAGCAGCCAUCCGGUGGCCUUAUUUGGUUAGAAUGGCUACUAAUGAUUCUGAUCAGAUGAAAUGCAUUGCAGCUAUCAUAUCUUCGUAUGGCUGGAGAAAGGUUAUAGCAGUAUAUGAGGAUGGUGUCUAUGGUGGUGAUUAUGGAAAGGCAGCUGAAUUAUCUGAGGCUCUUCAGAAAUUGGGUUCAGAGAUUGAGCACAGAUUGAUUCUUCCCCCAUUUUCUUCCAUUUCUAAUCCAAAAGAGGUUCUUGAGGAAGAAUUAGAGAAGCUACAAAGUAUACAGUCUCGGGUUUUCGUUGUUCUUCAGGCAUCUUCACCAAUGACUGUACAUUUGUUUGAAGAAGCUAAGACGAUGGGAUUUGUGGGGAGAGAUUCGGUUUGGAUAAUUACUGAUACCAUCUCAAGCUACCUUGACUCGUUUAAUUCCUCAGUUAUUUCCUCAAUGGAAGGUUCCUUGGGAAUCAAGACAUCUUAUUCCGAGGCCAGUAGCUCUUACAGAAGCUUCUAUGACUCGUUCAGGAGGCUUUUUAGAAGAGAGCAUCCAGAGGAAGACAACUUUGAACCAGGAAUCCAAGCCUUAAAAGCAUAUGACAGCAUCAGAAUCAUCACUCAGGCCCUGGAGCGCAUGACAAGUCCUGAUAUUAGUGCGGAAAUGCUGUUGAAGAACAUGUUAUCAAUCAACUUCAAUGGAUUAAGUGGUGAAAUUCGUUUCAGGAAUGGCCGAGUACUGUCACAGGAUCCUGCACUAAGGAUCAUUAAUGUGGUGGGAAAGAAAUAUAAAGAGUUGGAUUUCUGGUUGCCGAGGAUUGGCUUCAGUAGGAGCCUUGAGAAGAGAAAUGAAAGUGAUCAUUUUGUUGGUAAUACAUCAAUAGAUUUAAGUGGAAGAGUCACUUGGCCUGCAGAGCUGGAGCGAGUGCCAAAAGGAUGGGCAAUGCCAACCGAUGGAAAGCCAAUUAAUAUAGCAGUUCCGGGUAGAACCACAUUUGAGAAGUUUGUAAAGGUUGAGGUUGGCGAGAAUCCGAGUAAGAUCAAAUAUGAUGGUUUCUGCAUCGAACUUUUCCGCGAGGUGCUGCUUCAUUUGGACUAUGAUCUACCUUAUGUAUUUCAUCCCUUCAAUGGCAGCUACAACGACCUGGUUCAUAGUGUAUACAACAAGACGUAUGAUGCUGCUGUAGGAGAUAUAACAAUCCUGGAAGAGAGAGCAAAGAAGGUGGAAUUUACACUGCCAUACACAGAGUCAGGGUUGUCCAUGAUUGUUCCAGUGAAGUCUGAGGAGUCAGUAUGGAUUUUCCUGAAGCCUUUCCCCACAGAAAUGUGGCUGGUGACAGGUGCCAUCUUGAUCUACACAAUGUCCAUGGUUUGGUUUCUGGAACGUCAAUCAAAUCCUGAAUUUGAAGGACCAUGGAAAACACAGAUAGGAACAGCACUUUGGUUCACUUUUUCCUCCAUUUUCUUUGCACACAGAGAGAAAAUAUAUAGCAACUUGACCAAAGUGGUGGUGGUCGUAUGGCUCUUUGUUGUGAUGAUCUUGACAUCAAGCUACACUGCUAGCUUAUCAUCAAUGCUGACAGUCCAGCGCAUGGAACCAAAUGUUACAGACAUUUUUUGGUUAAAGAAUGAAAAACGGAUGAUAGGGUGUGAUGGGGAUUCAUUUGUGAAGAGUUAUCUGAAGGACGUUAUUGGUUUUGAAGAAAAGAACAUCAUGAACGUUGACAGUGAAUACAAAUAUGAAGGGGAGUUCAAAAGCAACAACAUAACUGCUGCCUUUCUUGAACUCCCAUAUCAGAAAGUUUUCCUCCGCCAUUACUGCAAUCAAUACAUCCCCACCAAACCUAUCUCUAAAUUUGGAGGAUUAGCCUUUGUAUUUCAAAAGGGUUCUCCAAUAGCAGCAGAUUUUUCAAGAGCAAUUUUGAAGUUGUUUGAAGAUGGAACUCUGAAAAGUCUGGAGGAUAAGUGGUUUGAUCAUCCAUGUGCAGUAAAUAAUGUAACUGAAAUCAACAGUGAUAGGUUGAGCCUCCGCAGCUUUUGGGGUCUUUAUCUUAUAUCUGGGGGAACUUCCACCAUCUGUUUUCUUCUCUCCAUCAUUCUCUCACCAAGGAAAUAUAAUCACCGGGGAGAGGAAACUCAACACCAUUCACCUCUGAGAUAUAGGACGGCCCGGGAUAUGGCAGUUGUGCCUUCUAAGCAUCUAUACCACAGAGAGGUUAGUGUCAGAGGAGGAGCUUCAAACUUUAAUCAAGCACCGGAUAACACCGAAUGGAGCUCUAGGUUGGGAAUAAGGGAGCCCACCAGACAGUGGCAUGGAAACUCCUGAGGAGAACUUAUCAGCUGAAAUUGAAAUUCCGCAGAAUUCUUGGAUUGUAAAGUCUUAUUAUUAUUAUUAUUAUUAUUAUUUUCUGAAAAUAGGCAAUGGGGAUUGUAAAGUCUUAGAUGAAAAAGAACAAUGAUUCCUGAGUAGUUGAACUUGAAUCACUGUAUAGUUGAAUAAUGCCAUUCAAUAGUA